CAAGUCAACUAAUCCUUGGUUCUGGAUAUAGGGCGGCUAAUAUUUUUAAUUACACUCAGCCCCGUCUUUUAGUUAGUGUAUUUUGAGCUGUACGAUAAGAAUCGAAGAAGCCUCAGUUCAACAGGAACACAGAGGAAUAAAAGAUGGCUGAGGAGCAGCAGAGAAUUCAGAUUCCUAGACUGAAACUCGGAACUCAAGGGCUUGAAGUUUCAAAGUUGGGGUUUGGCUGUAUGAACCUCUCUGGAGCAUACAAUGAUCCUGUACCCGAUGAUGUUGGAAUAUCAAUCAUCAAGCACGCAUUUGAUAGAGGAAUUACUUUCUUCGAUACAUCAGAUAUCUAUGGACCCAAAACUAAUGAAAUAUUGGUUGGAAAGGCAUUGAAGCAACUACCGCGAGAGAAGGUACAGUUAGCCACAAAAUUUGGUAUUGAAAAAAGGUAUUCUAAUGGUGUCAUAAUAAUAAAUGGCACUCCUGAAUAUGUCCGCACCUCUGUUGAGGCUAGCCUGAAGCGCCUUGACGUGGAAUACAUUGAUCUCUACUAUCAGCAUAGAGUUGACACCAGGACUCCAAUAGAGGAUACUAUGGGUGAACUCAAGAAGUUGGUGAAAGAGGGGAAGAUAAAGUACAUUGGUUUAUCUGAAGCUAGCCCUGAUACCAUAAAGAGAGCACAUGCAGUUCAUCCCAUAACUGCUUUACAGAUGGAGUGGUCACUUUGGACUCGUGACAUUGAGGAAGAAAUAGUCCCCCUUUGCAGGGAACUUGGAAUUGGGAUUGUUCCAUAUAGCCCUCUUGGUCGUGGUUUCUUUGGCGGCAAAGCAGUUGUGGAAAGUUUGCCUGCAAAUACCGUUCUGUCACUUCUCCCAAGGUUUCAAGGAGAAAACUUGGACAGAAACAAGAUCUUGUAUUUGAAAAUAGAGAAGUUGGCUGAGAAGCAUGGAUGUACCCCUGCACAACUUGCACUUGCCUGGGUUCUUCACCAAGGAGAUGAUGUUGCACCCAUUCCUGGAACAACCAAGAUAAAAAAUCUUGAUAGCAACAUUGAUUCACUGAAAGUGAAGCUUACAGAAGAAGAUUUGAAAGAAAUUUGUGAUGUGAUUCCGAUAAAUGAGGUAGCAGGCGAUGCUGUGCCGGAUAGUUUAAGUCAAUUCACAUGGAAGUUUGCCAAUACACCACCAAAGAAGAACUAGAUUUCAACUUAAAAUAACUAUGGAUGCAAAGUAUGAAGCAAAUGGUUUUGGUGAAUGGACUCCCCAGCAACUGAAGCUAUUGAAAGAUUAGAAGUUUGUACUAAGAGUGCAAUACAUAAAUGAAUGGUUCAGUGAUAGCAGAAGUCUGCAUUACCAAAGUAAACAAAUAAGCAGGCUAGUAGUAGCUGUUUUGCUGUUGAUUGCUUAUCAGAAAAAGGAUGCAUUUCCUUGUAUGGUUCUUCUGUCAGUGAUUUGUGGCUAGCAAUCUCACGAUGGUUAUAGUUGGCACUGGUUAAGAUGUUAUUUCAGAAGUAUAUGUUUUUAUUGCUCUAAUAAUAUACUUCUUCUUGA